CCGAGACGCGGUCCUGUAGCCUCUAGGGGGCAGCUGCUCGAUGGCGAAAUUCGUGCUGGCGGGUAGAGCAGAUUGCCCAUAUUAUGCUAAAGCAGAAAUUUUGGCAGACUAUUUACACAAGAAUCUUCCUGAUUUUCAGAUACAUAAAAUCACACAACAUCCUAAUGUUUGGGAGGAAUGGCUGAAAGAUUUGUGUGAAAAGAAUAAUUGGAAUCACAAAGAUUCACCCAUAAUCUGGAGAGAGCUUUUGGAUCGUGGAGGAAAGGGUUUUCUUCUGGGAGGAUAUAAUGAGUUCCUAGAACAUGCCCAGCUUUACUAUGGUGUCACCUCUAGCAUGAGAUCAGAAUUGAUGAAGAUAAUUGCUGAAGAGAACCUGAAGACACAUAUAGAAAAAGAGCUGGAGGAAAAAGCUCCAAAAAUUCUCACCAAGUCCUUGCAUGUUUGGAUUACCAGCGCUUCAACUCCAGCUUGCUGCAACCUCAUUCCCAUCUUGAUAAGUGGUGAAGUGUUUGGAAUGCAGACAGAAAUUAGCAUAACGUUGUUUGACAAAAAGCAUACAGAAGAAAACCUCAACCUCCUUAUGGCGGAAACUCAGAACUUGGUGUCGCCCCUCCUCCAGAGUAUCUCCGUUUGCACGCGAGUGGAGGAUGCCUUCCGCGAGGCGCACGUGGUCAUCAUUCUGGAUGACAGCACCGACAAGGAGAUGGCCACUUUAGAAGACUACAUACGAAACAAGCUGAUUCUGUGCCGGCUCUACGGGUACCUGAUUGAGAAAAACGCCCAUGAUUCUGUGAGAGUUAUUGUCGGAGGAAAAACCUAUGUGAACCUGAGGGCAGUUUUGCUAAUGAGAUACGCCCCGAGCAUCGUUCACAACAUUAUUGCAGUGGCCUUGGGGGUGGAAGGCAAAGCCAAAUCUCUGCUAGCCAAAAAACUGAAAACGGCUCCCUCCUGUAUUAAGGAUGUCAUAAUUUGGGGUAAUAUUAGUGGAAAUCACUACAUUGAUCUGAGACAAACCAAGGUGUACAGACAUGAAGGUGCUAUUUGGGGACCUCCUGAAUAUUCACAUCCUGUUUUAAACUUGAUUUUUGAUAGUGACUGGGUAAAUAGAGAGUUUGUGUCAACUCUUGAAAACUUCACAAGCACAGGAAAGCAAUCUGGAGGCAUCUUAACUGCUCACAGUAUAGCCACAACAUUGAAGUACUGGUACAAUGGUUCACCCCCUGGGGAGAUUGUAUCUUUAGGCGUGCUGAGUGAAGGUCAGUUUGGUAUUCCUGAAGGAAUUGUCUUUUCUAUGCCUGUGAAAUUUGAGAAUGGGACAUGGAUAGUUCUUACAGAUCAUGAAAAUAUUGAAAUAAGUGCACAAAUAAUAGACAGGAUAGCGAGUGAUCUAAUUCAGGAGAAACUUACUGCACUUGGAGAAGUGACAAAUUUUCAACCCUAUAAACCAGACUUUAAAGAUCCCAUGAAUUAUGAUGUUCAGAGUGAAGAAAACGAGCCAUUAGUGUCAGAGGAAACUGUGGUAAAAACCAUGAAAUCAGAAACAGAAGUAAAGUAAGGAGAAAACAGCAACUGAAACCACUUACUUGUUAUACACCUCAAAAUCCUCAAAAAGUACUCUAAUACAAUUCAUAAUAAAUGAUGGUUUGAUGAGUGGUAAAAAAAAUACACCAAAUGUCUUUGCAUAAUCUACUCAGAAACGCUGGUGUUUCUUAUUGAAUCUAUUCAGACAUUGAAUUUUGUUCCUAGUUGCCAAGCAUCAGGCAUCCUUGUAUCCUAGAACAAAACCUCAGUUGUUACUUUCUAUAUGUCUUCUUAGUGGUAGGUCUUAUUUUCUAAUUUAGGAUUUUCUCAUCUAUGUUGUAAAUAAAAUGGUCCUCAUUUUUAAUGAAAAUAUGUGUGGAUUAGAAAAAGAGAUUAUGUUUCCUUUGUUGUGUUGUAAUUUAGUAUUUUCUCAUUUCAGAAAAUAACUUUGGUAGCCUUGA